ACAACAAGAAAAAUCCUAGUUUAUAAUGUCUCCUUUAUAUAUAAUAGUCUAUUAUUGGGUAUCAUUUUAAGAGAAGGCUAAGUGCAUACCUUAAAGGUAUAGGGAAAAGAGGGGGAAAUGGCCGGAAAUCUUCACGUAGUGAUGGUUCCAUGGUCUGCCUUUGGCCAUUUGAUACCAAUGUUUCAACUCUCCAUAGCCUUAGCCAAAGCUGGAGCUAAAGUCUCCAUCUUAUCAACCCCAAGAAACAUCCAAAGACUGCCCAAGAUUCCUCAAAAUUUAACAUCUCUUAUUCACCUAGUGGAAGUUCCAUUUCCAACCUUAUUACAUCACGAUGAACAGGUCCUGCCAGAAGGCGCAGAGGCUACCGUGGAUAUUCCCCUCGACAAAAUUCAGUACUUGAAAGUUGCAUAUGAUCUCUUGCAACAGCCUUUAAGACAGUUUGUGUCCGCUCAAUCUCCGGACUGGAUAAUAACCGAUUUGAUUGCCUAUUGGGCGGUGGAGAUUGCCCAAGAACAUCAUGUCUCGCUCAUGGCCUUCUCAGUAUUCUCGGUUGUAACACUUCUUUUCUGUGGGCCUCCGGAAUAUCUUGUGGGUGAUGGCCAAAAAAGGCUUCGGUCGUCACCUGAAAGUUGGACAAAACCGCCAGAAUGGGCCGACUUACCGUCUUCAAUAGCUUUCAAGAUUUAUGAGGCAGUUGGUUUACAUGCAGGUUUCUAUGAAAAUAACGCUUCAGGAAAAUCAGAUGCUGAACGGGCUGCCAGGGUUCUCCAGGGUUGUCAAGCAGUGGCCUUCCGUACCUGCAGUGAGUAUGAAGGUGAGUACAUAAAUCUUUACGAGAAACUGAUUGGAAAACCAGUGAUUCCAGUAGGUUUACUCCCUCAAUUGAUACCAGAAAAAACACAAUUCAUUGAUGAGUCAUGGAGAAACAUUUUCAAUUGGCUCGACAAACAGAAGCAUAAGUCGGUUGUGUUUGUGGGAUUUGGCAGCGAGUGCAAACUGACAAAAGAUCAGGUUUAUGAGAUAGCUUACGGGCUAGAGCUAUCAGGAUUGCCAUUUCUAUGGGCUCUCAGGAAACCCAGUUGGGCAAACAAAGAUCUCGAUGCUUUACCUUCAGGUUUUGGUCAGCGCACGAGUAAGACAGGAAUUGUGGGCAUAGGAUGGGCACCACAGAUGGAAAUUCUGGCACACCCAUCAAUUGGGGGAUCACUGUUUCAUUCUGGGUUAGGUUCUGUGAUAGAGACCUUACAAUUUGGACAUUGUCUAGUUGUGUUGCCAAUGACGGCUGAUCAACCUUUGAAUGCUAGGUUUCUGGUUGAAAAGGAGUUAGCUGUGGAAGUAGAGAGAAGCGAAGACGGGUCUUUUAGCAGGAAUGGCAUAGCAAAGGCCCUGAGACUAGCUAUGGUCUCUGAGGAAGGGGAGAAAUAUCGGAUGCAUGCUAAGGAGGCAGCUCAAGUUUUUGGGAAUCAUAAUUUGCAUCAGAACUAUUACAUUAAUAUGUUUGUUGAGUUCUUGAAAAAUGGAGUUGCAAAAGGAUGAAGUAAUUACUCCAGUUCUUAUUUUGAGAGACAAAUAAUCAAGAACCUACUUCAUAACUCCACUGUGUGCUUGUGCAAAAUAUAAUAAAAAUAAUUAUUUGCAAAUA